CUCAGGAGCAACCUCGGCGAUGCUUGGGACCAUAUGUGGUGCCUGGGAUCCAACUGGGGACCUUAAAUCCCAUACUAUCUCUCUGGACCCCACAUUUGUAUUGUGAAAUUUCUGGGGUGGACCAGAGAGACAAUACAAGGGUUAAAGCUCUGACACUGUGUCAUGUUGCACCGGCACUGCAUUUGGUCCUCUGAGCACAGAGCAGAAAUAGUCCCUGAGCCUUGCUGGGUGUGGCCCCAACACCCCCUCCAGCAAACACAUACAAAAAUCCCACAAAGAUGUGGGUCACGUGCAGCUGUCCACCAGCCGGCUUCAGACUGCGCCCGGGAUGGGAGACCAGAGCGGCUGCUACCGGUGCGGGAAGGAGGGGCAUUGGUUCAAAGAGUGUCCAGCAGAUCGUUUGGGCCGCGUGGCAGACUUUACCGAGCAGUAUAACGAACAGUACGGAGCAGUGCGCACGCCUUACACCAUGGGCUACGGCGAGUCCAUGUACUACAACGACACGUACGGAGCGCUCGACUACUACAAGAGGUACCGGGUUCGCUUGUAUGAGGCAGUGGCGGCGGCGGCCGCUUCUGCCUACAACUACGCAGAGCAGUCCAUGUCCCACCUGCCUCAAGUCCAGAACACAGCUGUGACCAGUCACCUCAACUCCUCCUCCGUGGAUCCCUACGACAGACACCUGUUGCCGAACUCUGGUGCCACAGCCACUUCAGCUGCUAUGGCUGCGGCCGCCGCCACCACCUCCUAUUAUGGAAGGGACAGGAGCCCCCUGCGUCGCACUGCAGCUGUGCUCCCCACAGUUGGCGAGGGCUACGGUUAUGGGCCAGAGAGUGAGCUGUCUCAGGCGUCGGCAGCGGCGCAGAAUUCCCUGUACGACAUGGCCCAGUAUGAACGGGAGCAGUAUGUGGACCGAGCACGGUACUCAGCCUUUUAAAAACUGGAGGUAGGAUAAUUGCGGACUGAACCCUUGGGCUGCGGUCAUAUAUGAGAACUUGUUCCACGCGGUCCCCUUUGCCGGGACGUUUCCAUUGCUUCAUGUUUCAGUAAACAAAGGAGUUUGUGACCAACUAUGUUUUCUUUCUUAAUUUAAUUCUUCUAAGGUGACUUUUCUUUCUUCCUGUUACUAGUCCUGUAGCCUUUCAGUCUGUUCCUCCUAGUCUCGGCCUCUGAGCAGCCCUAGGUAAGGAUUAUGCUGGUACCCCUUUUCCUGUACAGUGGAGCCCCUCUGAUCUGCUUUCCUUAGGAGUUGACCCCUUCUCCCUGCAACACCUCUUUUCCCGUUAAAAUGACCAUGUAGUGGCAAACAGCCUUCUCUGUUAGCUCUGGCCUCACAUUGCGGGUAAUCUUCUGAAAC